AUGUGGUUUGAGUUGAGGUACGGCAGAAUUACUGGCUCAACUCUUUAUGAAGCCGCUCACUGUAGAACUAUAAAUGGUUCCCUUCUGAACGCAAUUAUGGGAGACAAUUCAAAAUUUACUUCCAUUGCGAUGAGUAGAGGGAAAAUACUAGAAAAAAAAGUUCUCAAAGUAGUAAGCAAGAAAGAAAAGAUUGAAAUUGAAGAAGCUGGACUACUUCUUAAUGCCGAGUAUCCUAUUUUUGGAGCAACACCUGACGGGCUUACUGAAAAUUAUACAACAGAAAUCAAAUAUCCUUCAACCGAAGCUGCCAUACUUUCCUAUGUGAAAUACAAUAAAAUAACACCAAAAUGUUGUGUGCCAUAUGAUAACAGCAUUGUAUCUGUAAUGAAUAUUGCAAAGAAAUUCUGGAUAGAUGCUGUAUUUCCGAAAUUAAAAGAUAUAUGUAAUAUAUAAGCACAUUUUUUUGUUUUUCAAAUAUUUCAUAAAUUUAUUAAAUAAAACUAUGCUUCGAAAA